AUUUAUAAUUAAGUUAUAUAAUAUAUACAAUUUCCAUAUAUUAUGGAAUAUCACUAUACAAAAAAAAUAUCUGUAAUAUUUGUCGUGCGAAAGUUCAAAUAAUCAAAAGUUCAAUUUUUCAACACACCCAAAUAAAGAAGACAAAGGGCUACGAUUGUACUACCGUUUAAGAUAAUCAAAUCUAAACUUAAUCAAAAUAUAAAUAACAAACAAUGUCAGAUUCCGAAAGAGAGGCAUUGAGUGGGGGUGAAGUAGAAGAGGCAGAAGAAGAAGAUUUAUUUGGGGAACAAGAAGAAGAGGAAGAAGAACAAGAAGUUAAUGAUGAAGAUAAUGAACCAGCAAAAGGUAGUGAUGACGAUGAAGAUGAGGAUGAUGAAGACGAAGUGGAUGUCAGAGAUAAGAAUUACAUCGAUAUAUCUUUACCUCGUCAUGCUGAGGCAGCACCUACUGAAGAAGAUACUUAUUCCCUUAAAGUUCCAAUUUUUUUAAAUGUUGAAGCUCGUCCUUUUGAUCCUGCCCUUUUUAAAAGUAAAGUUGAAGAAAGUGCUCUUGAAAGAUCUAAAGAAAGUUUAACUGAAAAGGAACUUAGAAAUCAAGCUCUUAAUGAAAAAUUACGUAAUGAAAACACCAUUAGAUGGAGAUAUUCUAAUAGUGGUAAUGAUGAAAUUAUAAAACAAUCAAAUGCUCAUUUUGUGCAAUGGGAUGAUGGAUCUGUAUCAUUAAAGAUUGGGAAUGAAUUAUUUGAUGUAAGACAAAUCCCCGCUAUAGAUAGUUAUUUAGUGAAGACUCAUGAUUCACUUGAAAUUUUACAAUUUGAUUCCACCCUUAAUAAAACUAUUAAUCUUUUACCAGCAUCAACAUUUACAUCCACUCAUAGAAAGUUAACUGCUGCAGUUAAAGAUAGACAAAAGAAAGAAAAGAUUCUUAGUACUAUAACUCAUGAUGAUCCAAUGUUGAAACAAAGAUUGGCUGAUGAAAAUGAAAGAAAAACAUUGAAAAUGAGAAGACAACUUGAAUCAAAACGUAGAAUGCAAGAAGAAAGACUUGAAAGAGGCAAUAGUCCUGCUGUUCGUUCUCAAUAUAGUCGUGAAAAUGCUUAUGAAACCUUUGAAGAUCAAUAUGCUGAAGAUGAAGAUGAAUAUGAUGAUGAAGAUGAUUUCAUAGCUAGAGAUGAAGAAGAGGAAGAAGGGGAAGAAGAAGAAGAAGAUGCCGAAGAAGAAGAAGAAAGAUUCGAAAGAGGAGCUGAACGUUUGAAACAAUUGAAAGAAGCUGGAGCUUCGAGAUAUAAAGAAGCCUCUGAAGAAGCUAAUGAUAGUCUGGAUGGAAAUAGAAAGAGAAGACGAAUAAUCGAUUCAGAAGAUGAAGAGUAAAUUAAUUUAGUUAUUAUCUCCCUUGUAUAUUAUAAAUAAUAAAUCAAAUCACUA